CGCCCAGUACUCAUUUGCAUCCAAGCUAAUCGACGAGGAAGACAUGGCCCGGCAGUACGAACUCAUCCUGCUCGGAGCGACUGGCUACACUGGAAAGCUGGUUGCAGAGUGGGUUAGCACACACCUUCCGGAAGACCUGAAGUGGGCGAUUGCUGGACGCAAUACGAAGAAACUCCAGGCUGUCGUUGAUGAGUUGACGAGGUUGAACCCAGACCGAAAGCAACCAGACAUUGAAACAUGCGAGCUCAAGAAAGAAGAACUGGAUUCUCUCGCCCAAAAGACCAAGCUCAUCAUCACGACUGUGGGGCCGUUCAUGUUCUAUGGCGAGCCCGUUCUCUCUGCUUGCGUGAACAACGGAACACAUUAUCUAGACUCCACGGGCGAAGUACCCUGGUACUAUGAUAUGAUUGCCAAAUACGACAGCCUCGCGAAGGAGAACAACAGCAUCAUCAUCCCUCAAUGCGGUCUCGACUCUGUUCCUGCAGACAUCUUGGCAUUCGUUCUAGCAAGAGAGGUCCGCAAACGCUACAACGCGCCCUGUGAGAGGGUCAUAAUGACACUCUACGACUCAAAAACGGGCGUGAGCGGUGGCACAAGUCUAACAGUGCUGUCACUGUUCGACAACUACUCGCUCAGCCAUCUAGCAAAGAGCAUGCAUCCUUACAGUCUUUCACCCAUCAAAGCGGACUCGGUGGUGGGAGCUCCCAAGGCAGAUCUGCUGCAUAGUCUCCUUGGCCUAAAAUAUGUACCCGAGCUCGGUGGCGUACAGACUACAGGUCCUAUGGCUGCUGCAGAUGCACCAAUUGUUCAUCGCUCAUGGGGACUGUACCAGUCUGAUCCUGCCCUGGCUUAUGGUCCCAAGUUCCGUUUCAACGAAUACAUGCGUGCGAGCAACAUUUUCAGCGGUGCCAUGAUCAAACUCGCCUUUAGCGUUGCAAGCAUCGUCCUCGCUAUCCCACCCGUCCGUUGGAUGAUCGCGCCCCUUAUAAAGAAGUUCCUAAUUCCAAAGCCGGGCGAGGGUCCUACCAGAGAGAGUAUGAAAAAUGACUUCAUUUCCUACCGCGGUGUAGGGAUUGCCGAGCAGGAUAAGGGCAAGGUUACGGCGAAGCUAGACUGUGCGCACGGCGGGUAUGCGGCAACGGCAAUUACGCUGAGUGCAGCUGCUCUUCUGAUAACCAGAGGAAACCUUGACGGCACAGAGGCAGGAAGGUUGGGCGGAGGCAUUCUGACGCCUGCGACGCUGGGCGAGCAAUACGUUGCGAAUCUUAGCGACUUCGGCAUGAAGAUUCAGGUUGAUAACUAGGCAAGAGCCACAGGAGACUGGGAUUUAUCAAGAGAAGUAUCGGCUUGAAGAGCUUUUGUU